AUGCCUCAGCUACUGCGUCAGCAAUUGCUUUUGCCUGCCUCGCCAACAGUUACGCUGCAUGAUCCACGCACACACCUGCGUCGCCUGCCGCCCGCAUAUAGUACUGCCCAGACGCCUUACAAUCGGGACAAGGAUUUUGCACCUCAGCUGCGGUAUCAGCUGGAGCUGCCACUGCCCAGCAAACUGAAGCUGCGGCCCUGCAAGGUCAUCUUUGUGGGGGACUGCGCUGUGGGCAAGACGGCCAUUGUGAAUCGCUUUUGUUAUGACAAAUUUCAAAAUAAUUACAAGGCCACCAUAGGCGUAGAUUUUGAGUUAGAGAACUUUAAUAUAUUGGGACAUCACUUUGGCUUGGAAAUGUGGGACACAGCUGGCCAGGAGCGCUUCAAGUGCAUAGCGGGCGCCUAUUAUCGCAACGCCAGCGUAAUUGUAGUUACAUAUGACAUGUCGAAGCGUGAUACUCUUGAAUCAGCUAAAAAAUGGUUAAUAAGUGCACUCAACUAUAAUACAACAAAUGCACCAGUUAUUUUUCUAGUGGGCACAAAAGCAGAUCUCUUGACCAAAGAAGAAUUUAUGCGCAUGGAGCGUUUAGCAGGCGUUACAGCCGCCGAAUUACAGGCUGAAUAUUGGUCGGUAUCAGCACGUUCCGGAUAUAAAAUAAACGAGUUUUUUCAACGUUUAGCUGCAUUGGCUUUCGAAGCCGCCGUGCAACAGCAAUUGGACGUAAUUAAAAGUAGAUCUACAGAUCAAGCACAGACCGCACAAAAAUCUGAAAAGUCGCAAACCUUUGGUAAAUACAAAACGCUAAUUUUAACUUAA